AUGGCAUCGCCGAUAUUCAUUUCAAACAAGCCGGCAACGUUGACCAAGGAUUACCUUUACCUUGGAGCUACGUACUAUGGGAAUGCACUGGCUCGAAUAUCGAACGGGAUCAAGACGUUACAUCCGAGCCACAUGAGGAACUGGAUUCCCAUACUCUUGCUAUCUAGCAUAACGUACAUGGUUCUGGCGUUCUUGAAGACACAGAUCAUGAAGAUCGACUGUCGAGGCUGCGAGUAUCUUGAAUGCAUUAUAGAUCAACACAUGAUCGGAAUAUGUAUUAUUCAGUUCUGCACACCGAGCUUUGAGAAGACGUUUUGGCAGUCUUUAGUGGAGUUGGACCCAGCUUACCGUGUCGUGCACCGGCAAGUGUAUCCGAUGCAAGGUGUAGGGAAGCAGCGCACACGGACUUUGCAACUUCAAGCCCGAGUUGUCCUAACGCAGUUUCUAUUGGUUACCGCGGUGGCAUGGCUACCAAGAGCUGCAGUGCAGCUAAUCCUCUCAUCCCUCAUAUUUAGACAGUUGUCAUACCGAUUCGGAACGGACAUAUCGUUGUUCUCGUGCUUUGUGCUCUUUUUUUUCCCUGUGGUGAAGCAGAUCAAGUUCUUGUCGCACUUCUACUCGUUGCAUUUACUUAUCAGAGCCUCAUUGGCACCCUACUUCAACAAAACGAUGCUACAGAAAAGCGAGCGUCACACUUGGAUCCAGUCACGGAGUGGGAUCUUGUACGGAUACAUGAUCCCCUUCUAUCUGCUCAUUCUCUCGUCCUCGCAUCUUUCGAUGCUAGUUUUCUACCUUUCGCACAUUUCAGGUCUUCCGGAGCUCAUCAGAGACAUCACCGAUCCGUUCCCGGACCCUUAUGUUCCAGGGACGUUGCAAGUGUCCAUUUGGAACUCAAAGCAGUCGGUAUGGUCCAAUAACAAGUUCAAGACCGCGGACGAUGCGUCUGAUCUCAGCGAGACUGAGUGA